CCACCCCGCCCCGCCCCGCCCGCAACCCCGGGGCCAGGAAGUGCGAAAAGAACCGCCGCGGGCCAUGGACGGGGGCGUCAUGGAAGGAACGCUCUUUCUGCAGAGUCAGCGUUUCGGUACCAAGAGGUGGAGGAAGACCUGGGCCGUGCUGUACCCGGCCAGCCCCCACGGCGUGGCGCGGCUCGAGUUCUUCGACCACAAGGGGUCGAGCUCUGGAGGGGGCCGAGGGGGCUCGCGCCGCCUGGACUGCAAGGUGAUCCGUCUGGCGGAGUGUGUGAGCGUGGCGCCCGUGGCGGUGGAAAGCCCCCCGGAGCCUGGCGCCACAGCCUUCCGCCUGGACACCGCGCAGCGCUCCCACCUGCUGGCGGCCGACGCGCCGUCCAGCGCCGCCUGGGUGCAGACGCUGUGCCGCAACGCCUUUCCGGCAGCUGGGCUCAGGCGCCCGCCGAGAACCCACCCAAGCUUUCUGCCCUGGAGAUGCUGGAGAACUCCCUGUAUAGCCCCACCUGGGAAGGUCAUGUUCUCUUUUGAGGCUGGCCGCCGCUGCCCCUCUGGCCCUGGAACCUUCACCUUCCAGACAGCACAGGGAAACGACAUCUUUCAGGCAGUUGAGACUGCCAUCCACCAGCAGAAGGCCCAGGGAAAGGCCGGUCAGGGGCAGGAUGUUCUCAGAGCUGAUUCCCACGAAGGAGAAGUGGCAGAGGGGAAGUUGGCCUCCCCGACCCAGGAGCUCCUGGUCAGCCCUCCAGCCCUGUAUGCCGAGCCCUUAGACUCCCUUCGCAUUCCUCCAGGCCCUUCCCAGGAUUCUCUAUACUCAGACCCCCUGGACAGCACCCCUGCUCCAGCUGGGGAGGGGGCACAGUUAAAGAAACCUCUCUACUGGGACUUGUACGAGCAUGUGCACCAACAGUUGCUGAAGGCCAAGCUGACGGACUGCAAAGAAGACCCCAUCUAUGAUGAACCUGAGGGCCUGGCUCCAGCUGCUGUCCGGAGCCUUUAUGAUCUGCCUCAAGAGCCCAAGGAUGCGUGGUGGUGCCAGGCCCGGGUGAAGGAGGAGGGUUACGAGCUCCCCUACAACCCUGCCACCGAUGACUAUGCUGUGCCACCACCUCGGAGCACAAAGCCCCUCCCAGCUCCCAAGCCCCAGGGCCUGGCCUUCCCUGAACCUGGAGCAGCAACUGGCAGUAGAAGCAAGGGCCACAGCUCAGAUGCUGCCCUGUACAGCCAGGUCCAGAAGAGCGGGGCCUCAGGGAGCUGGGACUGUGGGCUCUCUAGAGCAGGCACUGACAGGACUGGGGUCAAGCCAGAGGGCUCCACGUGAGAAGUAGGGCAAGGCUGGGGUUCCUGAUAGGAGGACCAUGGGGAGGUGGCACUGGGGAUCAAAGAAACCUGUUAGGAGAGUGGGAACCAGAGGGCUGGAGGGGCAUGUGUAAGACCAGGGGAUCAAAAGGAUCAGGGAAGGAUGAUCACUCCCAAGAAGUCCUGAAAGUGGGACAGAUGGCAGGGGCUGAGGGAUGGGACCUGGGGAGGCCAGCACCCCUAAGUCAUCCCUGCCAAGGGAUUGGACAGCUGCUGGACCAGGUCUGUGGAAAGCGGUACUUGGUCAGAGUAGCUGCAGUUUGAGAGACCUGUAUGGAGGCUAUAGGGAGAUGCUGGCCUGUGCCUGGAUCCUUACCCCUGCAUUGUUCUUUGCCAGAGAUAUAUAUUUUUUUUAAGUUUUAUUCUCAUUAAAGUCAGUUUGGGUUUAAGAGGUCUAUGUGUGUGAACAGCCACAGAAAGGACAGAGUGGCAGGGUGUGCUGAGUGGGUGUGGAGGGGAUCAGGAGGAGAGCCAGGAAUGUGUUGGGGGCCAAGAAAGGAGGAAAGGGCCCCCGGGAGGGGAGCCAAGCAGUGUGGUGGUUCAGAGCCUGGGUGGUCCAGUCAGGCCCACCUGGGCUUGACAUGGCUUGGUGACCCUGGGCAAGUUGUAUAACCUCUGCAGCCCUCAGUUUCCCCCGCUGCCCCUCUGUAAAACAGCAAAGCUUAAUAACAGACUCCACCUCACAGGACUGUUUGUAUGAAAGGAGUUAAAUUUCCCAAGUACUUAGUGCAAUCUGAAGCACAGAAUAAGCAUUUUAUAAAUGGUAAUAGUUAUUCUGUAGAUGGAGAGGCUGGGCAGGUAAGCAGCGUGGGGAGAAUAGGAAGGGAAUCGGUCUUUUUCACACCAUCCUCUCUCUCUUCUCAGCUAUAUGUCACCCCCUCAACACAGAGACACACACAAACACACAUUUUGCAUGUAGGUACCAAGCACUAACCACUUGUCAAUUUGGAGGCUACAAUGUGGUGGUGUAGUAGGAGGGGCACGGGCUUUGGAAUGAGGCUUGGAUUUCAAUCCUACUUGCUUUUCAUGAGCUCUGAAAACCUAUGCUUGUCUCCUGAGGCCCAGUUUCCUGAAGGUGACCUGACCUCAUCCACCUGCCUACACAGAGCUACCAGGAGAAAUUUGGGCGUAGGAAUGCUCCUAACAAUGGUGGAGGCUUACUU